AUGAAUAAAGUAUUUUAUGGCAAAUAUAAUUUAAAUGAGUUCUUGGGCCGCUGGGAGAGCCUGGUGGCACGCUCGCUGGCGUGCCUGCCGGUGGCUGCACAGCCCAAGGAGGCUGCCGUCCAGAGUGGCGCCGGGGACUACCUGCUGGGCAUCAAGAGGCUGCGGAGGCUCUACUGCAGCGUGGGCAUCGGCUUCCACCUCCAGGUGCUCCCAGACGGCCGCAUCGGCGGCUUGCACACGGACACGAGUGACAGCCUGCUGGAGCUCUCUCCCGUGGAGCAGGGAGUGGUGAGCAUCUUCGGCAUGGCCGGCCGGUUCUUCGUAGCCAUGAGCAGCAGAGGCAAACUCUAAGGCUCGCCUUUCUUCACCGAGGAGUGCAAGUUCAAAGAGAGACUCCUCCCCAACAACUACAAUGCCUACGAGUGCUACAGGUACCCCGGCAUGUUCAUCGCCCUGAGUAAGAACGGGAAGACCAAGAAGGGGAAGCGGGUGUCACCCACCAUGAAGGUCACCCAUUUCCUCCCCAGGCUGUGACCCUCAAAGCCCCCAGGAGGGGAGUGCCAAGGGCCACCUUGGUGCACUUUCUUCAGAUGGACAGUUUAACUCAAGAGUAGGUAUAAGAUAUUUAAAUUAAUUAUUUAAAUGUGUAUAUAUUGCCACCAGAUUAUUUAUGGCUCUGUGGAUGUGUUUUGUAUUUUUCUGAAAAAAACAAACAAACAAACAAAACCACCAAACCCUGACUUUUCUGGUAAAACAGUAGAGACCCUUCCACUGGGUUUAUUUAACUUGUCAAAAAGUUGUCACAAGUGACUGCUGCUAUUCCGUGUAUUAAAAACCGGUGACAUCAGUCUGUGACAUGAACCCUGCUUUGCACUGUCCCCUGGGGUUUGGUGGUGAGCAUCUCUGUGUCUGGAAAGGUUUCCUGGGGCUUUAGAAGCCAGUUAAGGAAGCUCCCAGUCUUGGCUUCAUUCCUAGCAUACUGCAGCGUCCCACUCCCUUUGUGCCCUGAAGAUAUUCCUCAGGACAUACCGGUUUACUUCGGGUACAGAAAGCGGAGCACACUGUCGAGGCCACCACUGCCACUCUUAGAUCUGCCAGGAAUGACCUUUGAACUUUGCUGCAGUCAGUCUUCCUCGACCUACCAGAUGGGGGAGACCUGUAGGCACCUUUAUAAACUCCUGUUUUCCUUUUUUUGGGAUCAACCACAGCCCGUGUUUCUCUGUGGCCAUUGGGGAAAAGGCAAAAACAAAGCAAUUUUGUAAAAUCCAUCAGAGAGGAAUUGAUAUUGCACUGGAAGGCUGGAAAUGGACAAGAUUGGGUGGAUUUACAACCACUGCCAAAACCCGAGGGGUGAAAGACAGUUUGUGAUAGUGGAGACUUCUGAUAAGUAAUAGUGUAUACAUGUAUAUAUUUUUAAAAAAACAAAAACCAAAAACCACACACACUUCCCUGUGUUUGGGAAGCUUCAGGCUAGAACUAGCUGUUCAUUUUAGGUGAAAUGUCCUUGUCAUUGUACAAAAACCCUUAAGGCAGUUUACGUGGUGGAAGUCACUGCUUCUCUCCUGUUGCAUUCCUGAUUAAGUGGAUUUAACAUCUACCUCGAAAGCCCUUAAACCACUCAUCUGGCAAAAUCUGAAGAAAGCUCAGACCGGGUGUGGGAGUUUGCCAUCCCAAGUGGCUUUUUUUUCCAUAUGUAGCCAAAAAGUAUUGCAGAUAGUGUUGGUGUGCCCCAUUCGAACCUUGUCACUGAGCUAUCUUUACCUGUGAUUUACUUUUAGUAAGGAUAAUCAUGGUGAAAAUAUUUGCAGACAGCUGUUAGAGUACACUAUAUGGUCACCAAGUAACCUUAUAUUUUUCUUUAUAUAUUUUACAAAUGUAACCCCUGUCAUGGAAGCAAAGAUGGAAGAGGCAGGGGCGGUGAGGUUUAAAAAAAGUUCUGAGGUGAUGGCAAACAUUUAAUUUUAAUGAAUGACUUUUUCGAGUUUAUACAAAAUGACCUUAGCUUGCUACCAGAAAUGCUCCAAAUGUUUCCUCAAGGCUUUUAAUACUCUCCUAAGAUGUUUCUGAACUAUCUCCCAAAUUAACUUUAUGGGAGUCUACAGACAGCAAGACUGGAAAAAUCUGAUUGGAGUUUUUGUCUUUCACAUUCCUUUUUAAAACUCUUUGUUCGAAUGCAAAUCAUCUACUUAAAAUACUAUUCUUAAACUGAGGCCUAGAAGAAAGAAGCCACUUAAGACAGGACCUUACAUCUCAAACUGCUGUUCAGGCCAGGCCAUAAAAAUGUUUUUUAAAAAUUUUAAACUGCGCCCUAGACUCCAGGAGUACUGAGCAAUGCUCAGAGAUCUCGGUGCUGAUUGCA